GUCAUCUUAAAGUCAAGAGUCAACAAAUGUCAUCUGUCAUUAUUUUUUCAUGUUUUCUGUUUAAUUUUGCUUGCAACCGUCGUGGCGCGCGUUUUUCUAAUUAAAUUCUUAUUAGAUUCUCACUCAACUGCAUUGACAUUAUAUCAGAUUAUAAUUUUGUUACAAAAUGAGUGCGUGGCCUGAAGUUACGACUGCAAAGUCGGAAAAUCGUCAUGAAAUCAAAUUGGCGGGUGCGGCUAUAUCGAAACGUAUAACGGAAGGUGGUUUAGACAAAGGAAUAUUUCAAUUAACAAAUAUUAACCUUUUAAAUAUUAGCGAUACGUGUCUAACAGCUAUACCAGAUGAUAUAAGUCGGCUGGCGAACCUACAAUCCUUAUUGUUAUACGGCAACAAGAUAACAGAAUUCAAUGAAAACAUAACCUCUUUGAAAAAAUUAAAAGUACUUGAUCUAUCGAGGAACUUGCUGAAGAAGAUACCACAGAGUCUAAAUGAGAUGAAAGAAUUAACUAACAUCAAUCUAAGUUCAAAUGAAAUUGAGGAAAUGCCAAAAUUCACAGAUUUUCCGAAUUUGCUCACAAUUGACAUGUCUAAUAACAAACUGACUAGUUUUCUGGACUUGGAAAGCGCUGUUCUGGCUCAUUUGACUGAUCUGAAGAUAAAAGGAAAUGCUAUUGAAGUACUGCCCAGCUACAUAGUUCGCAGCUUACCCUCACUGAAAAAUUUCGACAUCGGUGACAACCAAUUGAAAUCAGUUCCUGGAGAAAUGGCGAGCAUGGGGAAAUUAAAAGAAUUAAACCUCAAAGGCAACAAGUUUACUGACAAAAGGUUCAUGAAGUUAGUUGACCAGUGCCGGACCAAACAAGUUAUGGACUACAUCCGAGACCAUUGCCCGAAAACCGACCAGAGCCAGCCUACGGGCAAGACUAAGGGAAAGAAAGGAAAAAAGGAAGAACCAGCUCAGGAGGAACAGGAAUGUGAUCUUUGCCAUGCAAUGAAGAUUCUUCACGUAGAGGAUGAUAUCUUACGAGUGAAAAUAAUUGAGUCUCAAGUUGCUGGUGUACGACCUUAUAUACUCUGUUGCAUUGUAAAUGACUUGAACUUUGAUGAGACGUCAUUCAAAAAGUUCAUUCAAAUGCAAACUAAGCUACAUGAUACAAUCUGCGAUAAAAGGAAUGUUGCUACCAUCGCUACACAUGACCUAGAAAAGAUUGCUCCAGGUGACCUCGUUUACACAGCAAAGGCCCCAUCAGCUCUGAAACUGACACCUCUGUCAAGGGUGAGGCCUUACUCUGGAGAGCAACUGUUCCAGCAGCUGACAGCUGAAGCAGAGGCUCUCAGGAAGGAAAAGAAGAGAAAUGUUUACUCUGGAAUACACAAAUACCUGUACUUAUUGGAAGGCAAGUCCCUGUAUCCAUGCCUGGAAGAUGCCAGUGGCAAGGUUAUCAGUUUCCCACCAAUCACUAACUCCGAAGAAACUAAGAUGUCGCAAAACAGCAAGUCGAUGUUGGUCGAAGUGACAUCACACACGUCGCUCGGGGCCUGCAAGACGGUCAUGAACAAGCUGCUGCAAGAGUGCCUGUUGUUGGGCAUUGGGCCUGAAUUAGAACCUGGCUCCGUUUACAACACUUUGACUGUGCAGCAAGUCAAAGUGGUAGAUCUUGAAGGGAACCUCAAGAACGUGUACCCUUCGCGAACUGACUGCGUCUUCGAAGGCACGAACAUAAAGGUUCUACGUAGCAACAAGAAGUAAAUACCUAUACUUAAUUCAACAAUACUUAUUUAAAAUAACGAAAGCCGUGAAGUCAAUAGCCGGGUCUACAUCGGACAAUCUAAGGUACUCCGAUGCCAUAGCUGAGGAGGCUUAUAAACCUUACCCGAUCCAAGCUGCGAAAAGUGAAUUAUUUGUGACACUUUUGGUGUUGCAAGUGUUCUUAGAUUACGGUUUUUGCUUAACAUCAGGCGAGACGUAAGUUAUAUAUACUGCUAUCUAUUAUACAAGGAAUGAGGGGCAUAGUCAAGGACCCGAUUCUGGUGGUUGGUCUUAUGGAAAAAGUUGUUUUAUUUGCACAUCAGAAUAGGGCCCUUGAAUACGUCCCUCGUGCAAAAUAACGCCCUGCAUAAAAAACACGCGUAUCUGUAUCAGCCUUUUCUACUUUAUCAACUGGAUCUGCAGCUGGAUCAACAAGAAACGAUCGUAGGUUUUGGAUUGCGACCCCUAAUCACCGAUCCAAGAUCUUAUGAUCGGUAACGAUCGGCGACCCAAAAUUGUCUGUGGUGUACAUCCGGCUAAUGAAAGAGGCUACAAAAUGACUCGGGACGUAAUGACGUCACUUUACACCUGAUGAUUCACUAAAUAUUAAUCUACGUAACUAUGUAAUAGGUGCCAAGUCACGUGAUUAGGUCUUUGCAAAGGAUCUGUCCAGAAACAUGUAUUAUUUCGGUAUUUAACUUCAAAUAUUACUCGUAAUAUGUCCAUAAAAUUAUUGUGAUUAUACUAUUAUGCCUUAUGACAUAUAAAAAUUAUUGCCAAUAUUAAAAAAAAAUUCUCUAUGCACAAA